UAAUAAAAGAAAGAAAAAAAAUGUGUGUUCUGAAAUGGAUUCCAUGCUAAAACUCUUCGUCUCACUACUAUUACCGGUCUUGUUCUCUUAUCUCCUCUUUGGAGACAUCAGUGGAGUUGAGAGUUCAAAGAAGCUUCCUCAUCAUCAGCAGUUGCAAGGUCCAACGAAGCUGUUCGUGUUUGGAGAUUCUUACGUCGAUACCGGGAACAUUAAGAUGCAUGAAGCUCCCUCAUGGGAAGUCCCUUAUGGCAUCACAUUCCCACGCAAACCCUCCGGCCGUUUCUCAGACGGUCGUGUCUCUACCGAUUAUCUAGCCAAACUGUUGGGGUUAAAAUCCCCAAUUCCUUACCUAUGGAAAGAUUAUGCGGGACAUGAACGGUUAGAGUAUGGAAUGAAUUUUGCAUAUGGCAAAACCGGAGUCUUCGAGAAUAUAAAUUCAAAUCUCAACAUGACCUAUCAGAUCAGUCUUUUCGAAAAACUCAUCGGCAAUGUCUACUCCCCAUCCGACCUUUCUUCUUCCCUAGCUCUCGUUAGUGUUGCUGGUAAUGACUACAUAACUUACAUCGCCGGAAAUGGCAUAAAACCUGUGAUUGUGCUGUUCAUCUUGUUUUGGGUUUGGUUGUCUUGGAUGGGAGGAAGUAGUUCGAAAGAGCCGACUAGCGGAGGAACUGAUCGGAGGUAUGAACGUAGUGUGUCUGGGAGCUCGUCUGCCUGGGGAGAUUAUGGAGACCAGAACAGCUCUUAUCACACACCAAACCAUCCAUCUGCCUCUCCUGCCUCUUCCUCCUACAAUUCCGGGAGACAAACUCCGAAGACUCUAGAGAGGAAGUAUUCACGGAUUGCUGAUAACUACCGUUCAAUUGAUGAGGUUACGGCUGCUCUUUCACAUGCCGGUUUGGAGUCCUCGAAUUUGAUUGUUGGUAUAGAUGUCACCAAGAGCAACGAAUGGACAGGUGCGAGGUCAUUUGGUAGGAAGAGCCUGCAUUACAUUGGAACAACCCCAAACCCUUACCAGCAAGCUAUUUCCAUCAUCGGGAAGACUUUAUCGGUUUUCGAUGAGGAUAAUUUGAUUCCCUGCUAUGGGUUUGGAGAUGCAACUACCCAUGAUCAAGAUGUCUUCAGUUUCAAUCCCAAUGAUACAUUUUGUAAUGGUUUUGAAGAAGUCCUUACGUGUUACAGAGAGAUUGUUCCCCAGCUUCACCUCUCAGGUCCGACAUCUUUUGCACCCAUCAUUGAAAGGGCCAUGACAAUUGUGGAAGAAAGUGGCGGCCAGUACCAUGUUCUUCUCAUCAUCGCUGAUGGACAGGUGACAAGAAGUGUUGAUACAGAGAACGGUGGAUUCAGUCCACAAGAGCAGCGCACCAUUGAUGCUAUUGUAAGAGCAAGUGAAUACCCUUUGUCCAUAGUUCUUGUUGGUGUUGGAGAUGGUCCUUGGGACACCAUGAGACAGUUUGAUGAUAACAUCCCUGCUCGUGCCUUUGACAAUUUCCAGUUUGUGAAUUUCACGGAUAUUAUGUCAAAGAACAUUGAUCUAGCAAGAAAAGAGGCAGAAUUUGCACUCUCGGCUUUGAUGGAGAUACCAUCUCAGUAUAAAGCCACCCUUGAGCUUGGCUUACUCGGACAAAGAACUGGACAUAGUCCAAACAGGAUUGCGCUUCCACCACCAACUUAUGCUACUCAAGCUAUGCGCAACAGCCCAAGAACUUCCAGAUCAACCAGUUUUCAAAACAGACCAUCUGAUGAUAGUGGUGUUUCGUCUGCAACACCUCCAACUGCUCGUAAUGAGGGGCAGGUUUGCCCCGUAUGUCUAAUGAGUCCAAAGAACAUGGCUUUCAACUGUGGCCAUCAGACUUGCUCAGAAUGUGGGAAAGACCUCACUGUUUGCCCCAUUUGCCGGAGCUCAAUCUCCGUUCGUAUCAAGCUUUAUUAAGAUAACUCUUCUAAAGAACAGAAGAAACCGCAGGUGAUCUGAGAUCUUUCACAGCCAACAUUCACCAAUGGUGGUGGAGAUAUUACCGGUGUCCCAACAUUUGUGUUUACUUUGAGCGGAAUAACCUUUGAGUGAUUUUUCGAUCAAUCACGGCUCCUUUCGAAGUUAUAUGUAGAUAAUCUGUUUGUGAGUAAUUGCAAUCUCAUUGCACAUGAAAAUCAGAGACAGCUGAUUUUCUCGUAAAUAAAGUAUUAUCUUCCUU